AUGGAUGACACGUGGAUGACACAUUUUUUCGCCGUCAAAAACCGAACCACUGAAGGUUCGGAAGGUCGACGAGAGAGAGAAAACGACGCACAAGAGCGCUACAACACCCACCAACGACGCACAAGAGCGCUACAACACUACCAACGACGCACAAGAGCGCUACAACACUACCAACGACGCACAAGAGCGCUACAACACCCACCAACGACGCACAAGAGCGCUACAACACCCACCAACGACGCACAAGAGCGCUACAACACUACCAACGACGCACAAGAGCGCUACAACACUACCAACGACGCACAAGAGCGCUACAACACCCACCAACGACGCACAAGAGCGCUACAACACUACCAACGACGCACAAGAGCGCUACAACACUACCAACGACGCACAAGAGCGCUACAACACUACCAACGACGCACAAGAGCGCUACAACACCCACCAACGACGCACAAGAGCGCUACAACACCACCAACGACGCACAAGAGCGCUACAACACUACCAACGACGCACAAGAGCGCUACAACACUACCAACGACGCACAAGAGCGCUACAACACUACCAACGACGCACAAGAGCGCUACAACACCCACCAACGACGCACAAGAGCGCUACAACACCACCAACGACGCACAAGAGCGCUACAACACUACCAACGACGCACAAGAGCGCUACAACACUACCAACGACGCACAAGAGCGCUACAACACUACCAACGACGCACAAGAGCGCUACAACACCCACCAACGACGCACAAGAGCGCUACAACACCCACCAACGACACACAAGAGCGCUACAACACCCACCAACGACGCACAAGUACGCUACAACACUACCAACGACGCACAAGAGCGCUACAACACUACCAACGACGCACAAGUGCGCUACAACACCCACCAACGACGCACAAGAGCGCUACAACACUACCAACGACGCACAAGAGCGCUACAACACCCACCAACGACGCACAAGUGCGCUACAACACUACCAACGACGCACAAGAGCGCUACAACACCCACCAACGACGCACAAGAGCGCUACAACACCCACCAACGACACACAAGAGCGCUACAACACCCACCAACGACGCACAAGUACGCUACAACACUACCAACGACGCACAAGAGCGCUACAACACCCACCAACGACGCACAAGUACGCUACAACACUACCAACGACGCACAAGAGCGCUACAACACUACCAACGACGCACAAGUGCGCUACAACACCCACCAACGACGCACAAGAGCGCUACAACACUACCAACGACGCACAAGUGCGCUACAACACCCACCAACGACGCACAAGUGCGCUACAACACCCACCAACGACGCACAAGAGCGCUACAACACCCACCAACGACGCACAAGUGCGCUACAACACCCACCAACGACGCACAAGUGCGCUACAACACCCACCAACGACGCACAAGAGCGCUACAACACUACCAACGACGCACAAGUACGCUACAACACUACCAACGACGCACAAGUGCGCUACAACACCCACCAACGACGCACAAGAGCGCUACAACACUACCAACGACGCACAAGUACGCUACAACACUACCAACGACGCACAAGUGCGCUACAACACCCACCAACGACGCACAAGAGCGCUACAACACUACCAACGACGUACAAGUGCGCUACAACACCCACCAACGACGCACAAGUGCGCUACAACACCCACCAACGACGCACAAGAGCGCUACAACACCCACCAACGACGCACAAGUGCGCUACAACACCCACCAACGACGCACAAGUGCGCUACAACACCCACCAACGACGCACAAGAGCGCUACAACACUACCAACGACGCACAAGUACGCUACAACACUACCAACGACGCACAAGUGCGCUACAACACCCACCAACGACGCACAAGUGCGCUACAACACCCACCAACGACGCACAAGAGCGCUACAACACCCACCAACGACGCACAAGUACGCUACAACACUACCAACGACGCACAAGAGCGCUACAACACUACCAACGACGCACAAGAGCGCUACAACACCCACCAACGACGCACAAGUACGCUACAACAUUACCAACGACGCACAAGUACGCUACAACACUACCAACGACGCACAAGAGCGCUACAACACUACCAACGACGCACAAGAGCGCUACAACACCACCAACGACGCACAAGAGCGCUACAACGACGCACAAGAGCGCUACAACACCACCAACGACGCACAAGAGCGCUACAACACCACCAACGACGCACAAGAGCGCUACAACACCCACCAACGACGCACAAGAGCGCUACAACACCCACCAACGACGCACAAGAGCGCUACAACACCCACCAACGACGCACAAGAGCGCUACAACACCACCAACGACGCACAAGAGCGCUACAACACCACCAACGACGCACAAGAGCGCUACAACACCCACCAACGACGCACAAGUACGCUACAACACUACCAACGACGCACAAGAGCGCUACAACACUACCAACGACGCACAAGAGCGCUACAACACCACCAACGACGCACAAGAGCGCUACAACGACGCACAAGAGCGCUACAACACCACAAACGACGCACAAGAGCCGACCGGACUGCUAGCGUGCAUAAGCUCAGCCUAG